AUGCGGCUUAGCAUCGCGGUGUCACUGGCUCUGGCAGCGGCAGUGUGGCUGGUUGUGGGCAGCCGUGAAGCUUCUUCGGCAAGCCGGACAAAGUAUGGCUUCAUUGUUGCAGCGAUUUGUAUUGGUAUCGUUGGAAUACAGUACACAACGGCCUUGCUUCCAAAGCUUUCUGGAGUGGGUCACAAGCUGAAUCUCCAGCGCAAGAUUCAGCACAUUGCCACAGGCUUGGCACUAGCGCUUAUCUUUCUCCUGUUUUCAGCGCAAGUCUGCACAUUGGCUUUGGGUGCGGGAACCCUUGCACUGAUUCUUCUUCAAGUUGCUCGAGCCGCUUCUGAGACGGUAAACCUGGAGUUUCUAAGAUUAUUUGGGUCCAUGCUGAAGAAGGAAGAGCGGAGCGCUACGCGGCCACCGGCUGCCGUCUUCUUUCUUCUGGGCCUUUUCCUGUCCUUGGUGACGUUCCCACGCCGUCUCACGCUCCUCUGCACGCUUGUUGCAACGCUGGCCGACCCCUUUGCGGCGAUUGGUGGCACAGCAUUCGGAGGCCCUCUUCUGCAGCUGAGCGCAGCGCAUAAAAGCCUCGGCGGUUGUAUCACCUGCCUCUCCGUGGCGGCGCUCCUUGCCGUAGCUGUCGUGUUAACCACGCCUGGCGCGGAACAUACGGCACCUUCGGCCACAGACACGGCGGUGGUUGGCCUGUUUUGUGGCCUCGCCGCAGCUGCAUGCGAGGUUGCUGGAGGUGCUACAUCAUGGUUGGACGACAAUCUCCUCGUCAGCUUCGGCACCGGACUUCUGAUCAAAGUCUUCGCCAUGGUCGUGGACUUUGCAGGUUUGGAAAGCAAGGCUCUUCUGGCUUUGCUCAGCUAG